CUGUCCUGCUCGCUCUUCCGAGCGGGGAGGAGGCCGGCCGUGCGGAUGCGGCGGGGGAGGGGUGCCGAGGCCGGAAGCGCCUGCAGGCCGCAGGGGCAGGGGGUCCGUGUCCCAGGGGGAGACGGGGCGAGUCGCCGGGAGAGCCUCUGGGAAAGGCCGGGAGCUGCGGCCCGGGGAGUCCCGGCGUCGUGGGGCGGCUGCGUCUGGAGGGCCGCUCCCCGCGCGCUCGGCGGAGCCUCCGCCUGGGCGGGCGGGUUCCUGACGCCCGAGGAGAGGGAGUCCUCGAACAGGUCGGGCGAGUGGAGGUGAGGGCGGCGUCCAGAACGAGCAAAGAAAUUCUGGUUUUUGUGAGCAAGGCUGGUAGCGUGUCUGGCCUGUCCUGCAGGGGCAGAGCUCACUCCUGCCAGCCCCGCGUACACCCGAGGGGGCCCUGCUUGCCUUUUCCCAAGCGCCCUGCUCCUGCGCUGCUCCUGGGCCGUCCAAGCAGGGGAAGGGUGUGUGAGCUGUGGCAGUAAGAGCGCACCGUUGUCCUUUCCUCCCCCGCCAUGUCCAGCCUGCUGUGGGAUGGGUGAAGAGGAAGGCAGCCGCUAUGUUUCGCAGCUCAAGGAAGUCUACAGCAGCUGUGACACCACGGGGACUGGCUCUCUGGACCGGGAGGAGCUGACCCAGCUCUGCCUGAAGCUUCACCUGGAAAAGCAGCUGCCCAUCCUUGUGCAAACGCUGCUUGGAAAUGACCGCUUUGCCAGGGUCAGCUUUGAGGAGUUCAAGGAAGGGCUCGUCGCUGCGCUGGUCCUUGCCGGCCCCCCCGACAGAGACGGCUGCGCCAUGGAGCCCGCUGCCUUGCAGGGUGUCCCACCAAAGUACGUGAGCGGCUCUAAGCGGUAUGGCCGCUGGAGCUGGCCCGAGCCGGGCCACCCUGCACCUGCACCCAGAGCUGCAUGUCCACCCGCGCAGCAAGCCAGGGCCACCGCCAGCGGUCAGACCCAGCGCCCCGCGUCUCUGGAGAGCAUGGAGAGUCUCAAGUCAGACGAAGAAGCCAAAAAUGCCAAAGAACCUCAGGAUGCGUCGUUUGAGGCACAAGGCCAGCCUCCAGCCUGGCGCUCAGAGGCCUUCGGGAGCCCCUCGUCCGACACCCCCGAGAGCUGGGUCCGGGCCGUCUGGGCAGAGCUGGGUGUUGGUGGCAAUGGCCACCUCAGCGAGCAGGAGCUGGCGCUGGUCUGCGCGAGCAUCGGGCUCCAGGGACUCAAGAAGGAGGAGCUGGAAGACCUGUUCGACAAACUGGAUCAAGAUGGAGACGGAAGAGUGAGUCUCGAGGAAUUCCAGCUCGGCCUGUUCAACCAUGGACCCGCCUCACUUCUGGAAUCUUCUGCGCCCGCCAGACCGAGCAGGUCCUGGCCUCAUCACCAGGCUGCGACGGAGCCGGGCCGGCCGAGCGGAGGCCGGGCCCCGGAGACGCCGACGGCGGGCGGUGCGCUGCGGGAGGAGGGCAGCGGCCAGGCCGCCGCCACCUCGUCCCUCGUGUCCAUGUGCUCGGGGCCGCGCCUCUUCUGCAGCGCCGACGACGGCACGGGCUUCGCCCUCCCCGAGCAGCUGGUCGCCCUGUGGGCCCAGGAGGGCAUUCAGAACGGCGGGGAGAUCCUGCAGAGCCUCGACUUCAGCGUGGAUGAGAAGGUGGACCUUCUGGAGCUGACCUGGGCCCUCGAGAACGAGCUCAUGCUGGUCGGUGGGGCCACUCAGCAGGCAGCCUUGGCCUGCUACCGCCAGGAGCUGAGCUUCCGUCAGGAGCAGGUGGAGCAGAUGGCCAGGGAGCGUGACAAGGCCAGGCAGGACCUGGAGAGGGCGGAGCAGAGGAACCGGGAGUUCGUGAAGGACGUGGACGACUGCCACUCAGCUCUGGAGCAGCUCGCGGAGGAGAAGAUCAAACGCCUAGAGCAAGGGCACAGAGGAAGACUGCGCCUGCUGCGGGCCGAGGCCGAGGCGGAGCGGCAGCUGUUCUGGGAGCAGGCCCGCAGGCAGGAGGCCGCACUGGAGACGGACCUGGGGCGCCUGCGAGCCGAGGAGGCCAGCCUGCGCCAGAAGCUGACCCUGGCCCUGAAGGAAAACAGUCGAUUGCAGAAGGAGAUCCUCGAGGUUGUGGAGAAGCUCUCGGAAUCGGAGAAGCUGGUCCUGACACUGCGGAACGAUCUGGAGUUUGUGCUGAAAGACAAGCUGGAGCCGCAGAACGGGGAGCUCCUGGCGCAGGAGGAGCGCUUCGCGGAGGUGCUGAAGGAACAUGAGCUCAAGUGCCGGAGGGUAGAGGACCUGCAGGACCACAAUGACGAGCUGCAGGCUGCCCUGGAAGGCCUGCAGGCACAGCUGCCCCCCGGUCGGUGCCACCAGCCCCCUGCGUGGCCAGAUGACCUGCCGCUCCCUGGACUCGGCCCAGCAGGCAGCAUCUCAUUUACGGGGAACUCCAUUCCAGUGAGUAUAGAAGCGGAGAUAAUGAUGGAGCAGCUGCGGGAGCAUUACCAGGACCUCAAGGUCAAGCUGGAGACCAAGGUGAAUCACUACAAAAGGGAAGUGGAGGUGAUGAGGAGGGGCUUCGCCGAGGAGAGAAGGGCAGUGGAGCAGGCCUUCCGGCUGGAGGUCAGCACGCUGGAGGAGCAGAAGGCCGACCUGGAGAGGCUCCAGGGGAAGUCUCAGGAGGUCAUCCGUGGCCUGCGGGAGCAGCUGCAGGGUGCGGCCUGGGGUCCCGAGCGGCAGUGGUGCUCGCAGGCGCUGCCUGGCCUGGCCCGGAGGCUGGCCCAGGACAAGGACCGGCUGGAGGCGGCGCUGCAGAGAGCCAGAAUCGAGUUGGAUCAGCUUUCUGAAGAAAACACGUUGUUGAAAAAUGAGCUGGGAAGGAUUCAGCAAGAGCUUGAAGCUGCGGAGAGGACACGUGGUGCACAGAGGGGGGAAAUCGAGGCCCUGAAGAGAGACAAGGAACAGGCCUGCUGUGAGACGGAAGAGCUCAGCAAACAGAGUCAGAGAUGCAAGGACGAACUGUCCCAGCUCAAUGGCAGAGUCCUUCAGCUAGAAGGGGAGGCCUCCACCUGCCAGGCCCGGAACCAGGAGAGCCUCGUCACCAUUCAGCUGUUAUCCCGGCGCCUGGAGGAGGCCGGGCGCCAGGAGGAGCUGCAGGGUGACCAAAUCCACAAACUAGAACUUGAACUUAAACAUGUGAAUCAGGAAUGUCAGAGCCUGAAGCUGUCACAGAUGCAGCGGAGAGGCACCUGUGAUGAACGCCAGGACCAGGAAGAACUCGAAGAGCGGCCUGAAGACACAGAUGAGCGCGCGGAAGAGGCGGGCGGGAUUCUGAAGAACAUGGAAAUGCUUCUGCAGGGGAAGGUGGCUGAGCUGAAGCAGCAGCCUGACAAGAACACGGAAUCCGACCUGCUGCUGAAGGGCCUCUACGUGGAGAACGCUGGCCUGAUGAGGGCGCUCCAGGCCGCCGAGGAGAAGCUACAUGGCGCCCAGAAGGAGACCCGGGUCCUGGAAGAGAAGGUCAGAGCCCUCAACACACUCGUCGGUAAGAUGGCCUUGGCCUCCCUCUCGGUGUGAACAUGCUUGUUUUCCGGGAGUUCAUUUUGAAAGAGCGUCUUGUAGAGUUAAGCCCUGCGACAUCACGAUCUUCUGAGGCUCACCGCCGUGCAGCCUGGACACACGAUGGUGAUUCUUCGCUCACACCACACACGCUUGGUGAAUGUCUCCUUCAUGCCAGACGCUGGGGCAACAGCUGUGUUGGGAGAGGCCGCGUUUGCCGGGGGGCCCUGGGUGGUUUCCAGGUAAGAGCCCCAGCUGUGCAUCUCGCUGGUGAAGGAUUCUGGGUGCCCUCAGCAAGGAGCCCCUGAGAGGAGCGGUGUCACAGCUUCAGCGCCAAGUUUUCGGCCUUGGCUGGAGAGAUGAGAAUGCCACGCCAGGGCUCGGCGCUGCCGCAUCCUGCUGGCACUGCUCUGGGCGGAGUGCCCGCGCAGACCUCCCAGCAAGGCCUCGCUUGUCGUGACCUUCAGCUUUCCGGGGGCGGAGCGGGAGGCGCCGCGUCAGGCACUGGUCUAUCCCGGAAGAUGCUCAGUGUUUGUUUUAGGUCUGUGGACUCAGGGAUGGUAUUUAUUGCAAAUGCAAUCAUUUCCUCAUUAGAAUGUCAUCACACUGAAAAUUGUAUUAGAAGUAAAAAAGAAAUACAUAUAUAUAGUUUUAUAUCCAAAAUAUACAUAAAUUAUGGUUGUUUGCUUCCUCAGAAAAAACUACUGUAAUAUGAAGUCACUGUACCUGCGAUUAGCUUUUCUAUUAAAAUUGGCUUCUGA